UCUCCAUGGCUUGGCAAAGACUUUACAUGAAGGACAUAUUAUGUCGAUGGACAAGUUAUAUUUAUUACUGAAAGAUACAGUUCUGGGCCCAGAGCCCACAAAUAUUGUCUUGUUUCUUCAAGAUAGACUUAGCGUGGAAUACUUCACACAAUACAACAACUUCUCCGGAAAUGAGUCACUAUUUCACAAUGUUCAGGAGCUUCUUGAGACUUCAUCAUCUUCAUUGGUUUUGCCAGCAGUUGACUGUCAUGCUGUCAGUCAUUUUUCAGGCCGCCUCCAGAAGACUCUGAACUGGAACUUGGUAAAUGUAGACAGCCCUGACAUAUCAAAGCUAAGAGUGAAUACCUCCAAACCCAGUUUAUUUGAGAUAAACCUACCACCAAUCAGAAGAUGAAAUAAUUGGAAGGUUUAUCAGAUCUUUGCGGCAACAAGGAAUUCCAUUUUUAGCCAUUUAUACAGCAAAGCAACCAUCAAAGGAACCUGUGAGACAUGAUAUAAUGUGGCAUAGUAAGCGACAAUUAAUGUCUGUUGAAAGUGAAGUAAUUGACUUAUAUCCUCCUCUGAAUGUAACCAAUGGGACCAACACCACAUGCAUCCUUUUCUAUGCAACUAAUUUCACACUUACAGUCAAUACCACCAUUCACAUGAAUCUGACAAAUUCGACAUUUCUGUUUCCUAAUGUGGAUACGACAUCAUCUGUUUGUUCAGACACCAAUGCAACAUUCUUGAUGACGAACAUGUUUUACACUAGCUCUUCAAAGGAAUGGUUCACUUUAGAUUUUAUUCAUAUUCUGCAAGAUAAUAUGGAUGCUGAAGAUGAACCUGCUAAAUUUAAUGUCUCUACUAUCUAUGGUCCUGCAGAGUAUUCAUUUCAUUGUCCCUUGGUGGGCACGGAGAGCCACUAUGAUGUAUUACUAAUUCCAGCCAAUGGUAAAGCUAAACAAUGGAAAAUUUAUAUUUCUGAUUUCCAAAUUCAAGCUUUCAAUAUUGAAAACAAUGUCUUUUCCUAUGCGAGCGACUGCACAUCAUUUUUUACAUCUGUAAUUUGGAUGGGUCUGGUCACCUCCCUAAUUUUAUUGUUGAUCCUUACCUAUGGAAUCCACAUGAUUAUGAAUCUUACUACCAACAGUAGAUUUGAUGACCCCAAAGGUCCAACUCUUUCAGUCCCUCAAACAGAGUAACUAUGGAAUUGUAGUUUGGAAAAUUGUUGCCAUUGGCUGUGCCAUCUAAAGCCAUUGAGUUUAGCUGAGUUUAAUAAGUCCAGGGCUUCUAAGUGUAUCGGAUAACUUACACUUGCUAUGGGAGGAAUCAUAUGCAAAGAAUUAAAAAUAUGAGUUGCUUUGAAAAAUGUUUUUUUUUAAAUAUAGGAGACAAUACAUUAAUACUUCUGCCACUCUUCAUUCUCUUCUUAAUAAUUACUAAAAUUAAAAUUCUAAGGGAAAUCUGAGAUUAUUCACAGUUGUUGCCAAUUAUUAAGGAGAUCAGUCUCUAGUGUCAGUGUUAUAAAUGGAAUUUUAAAUACCUAUUAUACAGGUAUUUAAGAAAUGAUUUGAGUAAGGUCUUAUUAAGAAAACAUACAUUGAGAUUAAAAAUUCAUCCUAAGUACAUUUUAGCAGAAAAGUAGGAUAUAUACUGUAUAUAUUUUAAAAAAUGCUUUCUUAUAUCUUCUUAAAUAUAACAUUCAUGUCUAAUGUUGUGAUCAGAUGAAGCAGAGAAAAUACUGCCAAUUUCCAUUAAAAAACCCUGGGUAUUAAAGCUCCUGUUAUGCAAAUGUAUUUCUAACUGCAGAUUCUAAGGUUGCUUUUUCUAAUCAUCUUACUGGAAUGUUUUGCAGCCCAAAUAAUGAAAUGAAUUUGAGGCACAGUCAUACUGAAAUUGCACAUUUUGUACUGCUGGGGGAGGGGGAGAUAAUUGAGCAACUGUCACUUAACUUUUUUUUUCCAUUUUCCCACUUUUUAUUCAGACGUGGGGCUAUUAUGAAUGGGGUUUAAAAUGAUGACUACUAGAUGGCAGUUUAAAGAAAACUUCCCUUAUUUCCAUCUAGUAAUGGACCAGAUUUGUUUCAGCCCAGAUAUAUUAGUCUUUUUCAGAAAGGCACAUGAUCAUAUUUACCAACUUCCUUAAGCUUGCACCUCAAUUUUACUUUAAUUGUUCAUCCACUCUCUUUCUUAUUCCUUCAAAAAAAGAAAAUGGCAUGAUAAUUUAAAACAAUGUUAAAAUGUUAAGAUAAACUCAAAGGAGCAGGAUAUAUACUUAGAACACUUUUACUUCAGAACAGGGAGAUUUGGAGUGGGAAGCCAAAAACAAACAAACAUACAUUACUGUUUCAGAAUUUUCUUCAGGAUUCCAGCGACAAAGGCAUUAAUGAAGGGCCAGCAUAAGUAAAUCAAGGACAGUGAAUUCCAGCCCCACUUUAGGCAUGAAAGCUGAUUAGAUGACUUUGGCCAGUUACUUUGUCUCAACCUAACCUAUCUCAUAGGCCUGUUGUUGUGGGGGGAAAUAGAAGACAAGUGUUAGAUAUGUUUGCCACCUUGAGUUAUUUAUAAAAAAGUAAUAAUGGUGACACUUAUUUUUUUUUCAAAAAAUAUGCUUAAUGAAUGAAAGCUGCAGUAAGAGCAGUCAACCACUGGAGUAGAUUGCUUCAUACAAUGAUACACUCCAC